AUGUGUACCCUGAAACGCCUUCUUUCGCCUUUCCUUUGCUGCUUCGGCAUUGGCCCUCCUGAAGAACACACAGCCUCUGACCUUCAGACCCUUCCUUCAGCUCUUUCGGUGCAACUACCUGCUACGCAGAUCCCGCACGCUGUCAGUCAACCAGGUGCACAGAGGGCAGACACAGAAGCCCUCCGCGAGCUUUUCCGAUCCUCUUCUUCCGUCCGCGGCUACCGAACUGCCUCUCUACCAUCAGGAUCAAAUCAUAGAAGAGAGCCAUCUCUGGACCGUGAUUUCAAGUUCGGGUCGCAAGGUCAACAUCAGAAACAGCCCAGCCGGUUAGAGCAACUGGGUAAUCACAUCAAGCAGAAGCUCUCGGAGUCGAGAUUGAGUAAGAGCAGUUCAAGACCUCAAAUAACAUCAGAGGAUACCCCUCACAAUACGGCAAGACGUGAAAAUGCACAAAUGGGAAUGAGUGUCCCUGAGGGGACACUGAGCCAGCGAUCCACUGGUCUCCUCGAGCUUCUCAUGUCGCGGACUGCCAGCGAGGGCGGCUAUGAUAGCGACGCAAAAAGCAUCCAGACAGCUGCACUGAAGGCCAGCGACGGCACAAUUAAAUUGAGUCCACGAAGGGUACUGAGCCUAUCCUCACCGGCUGACAUCCAGCCCAUUGCCACCGACGGCGCUCCGCCCUCUCCUACAGAAACCCACGUUCUCGAGGCGUCUCAAACCCAAGUCGACAACGCAAAACGAUCUUCCGCUCCUUCCACCCCAUCAAACCCUUCCUUUGUAAGAGUUGUCCAGGGUACGAAAGAUAAGUCACCUUCAGAAGUCGCGAAGCGUGUCAACGACCGGGGCGUGGAUAGUACCAUUGAGCUCGCAGAUGCAUCCGAAUCUAGGAUAACGCCUGCUUUCGCCUCCCUUGAGACUCAAGGAGACGAUCCCUUCACCAGUUCUCCGUCGAAAGACCAUGCUUUCUCCAGACACGAUGGCAAAGAUUUCAUGGGGAUGCUCAGAAUGACGGGGGAUACUGUCCCUGUGGCCAAAAGAGAGAGCCAAAUCUCCAAUAUGACGAAUCCACGAGCCAGUUUGGUGUCGGAGCUGGAUCCAAACCUGCUCGAUCUCAUUUCGAAAUGCGGCGAGCGCCCAUCGGCAGAUAUUUCAAGAAGAACGUCUCACAAUAAUGCCGCUGCCUUCGCAAUCGAAUUGAAUCAAACGGCCAUGGCUGACAUGGAUCCUACAAUGCCUGGGAGAGAAGGCGUGUCUAGGAAGGAUCUUUCUUCGCUUGCCGGUUCUGACCGGAGUUCAGUGCAUCUAUACAACAUGCGAAUCUCUCAACGUCUCGCCAGUCCCUCCUUUAUGGCUGCUUCCUCCAGACCGAACACAGGCCACACGACGAUACGGCAGCCAAGAGGCAACUCUCCAGAUUCCGGUCUAUCCACCGGGCACAUGUCUAUGGCUACCAAGAUCGGGGGUCUUAUUACGGCUGAGCAUAACAGAAGACCCUCGGAUCCUGAAACUAAACGACUCUUUGAAGGUGAUCUGGCUAGACGUCGGGCUUGCUCCAGUCGGGGAUCUGCUAUCUCACCGGCUCACGCCACUGCAUUUGAAAAGCCCAGGUCCCUUACCGGUAACGAGGAUGCCUCGUCAUUCUACUGGAGUGACGAGGAAUUCGACAAUGUAAGACCGUCCAGGCGAGGCACACGCAAAAGAAAUCCAAACAGCAUCGCCAUCGGUGGGAGAUCAGAAUCGAUUAGCUUACCUAUAGGGUCUUCGAGUGCUAGCUUCGGCAACAUGUCAGUUGCGGAGGAAGGUGCCUGGUUUAGCAGGAGGCCUUCAAUGCAGAAUCAAACAAAUGAACAAGAAGGCCGAGCUCAUGGGCCCGCAAAGAGGAACAGAAGUGUCAGCAUGCCAACUCAGAGAAAUGUUGGUUCUUGCCCACGUCUGACUGUGCCUCGCCGGCAACUUCAGCAUUCAACCGAAGGCAAUGAAUCAAUGAGCGAGGUCAGCACUGAUCAAUUACAAGACGCUAGAACGGAACAAUUGACGGAAAUCAGCGUGCAAGCCGUUCGUGACAUACAGAAUGAAAGGUUGAGCGAAAUUGAGCCUCUAAGCCGCCGUUAUAUCACUGCAACCCUUCCAGAUUCGUAUAGCCACCAGUCAUUCGUCACAUCUCAUACGAGACAGUCACCACCACUUUUGAGAGCCUCUGUUACUGGGCGGCCUUCCAAGUCAGAAGAUGGAAAUGAGGCAAGAUCAAUCUACGAUGGCCCCACCAAGUUUCAAGAGUCAGCGACCAAUAUGUGGCAGAGAUCUUUCAGACGAGCAUUGGAAGAGCCUGAAAACGAUACACUGGGUGGUUUUCUCACGUCGCCAAGAUUUGACCGUGACGGUCGGCGGAGAAGUACAAGGUCGAGCAUCAGUGCGGUACAGCUACCUCAUGAGGGCCACGGCAACCCGGAGGUAGAACUUGACUUGAAUUCACUGCAACAAAUGAAAACCCGAGAUGAAUCUUCAAGGGCUGAAGAAAACCGUCGACUUCAGGUGUGCAUGAAGAAACCUGAUCCUCUUCCGGCCGUGAGUCGCAGAAGAAGCAUGAUCAGCAUUGAUGCCGGGAAGGAGACACCAAACACUUUAUCAGGCAAGAAGACUUCCAGAAAAAAGAGUAUAUUGGAUAUCGGAAGACGAUUCACGAUCACUGGAGUAUCUAAUGAAAAUGAGCAGGCUUCAGGGGCAAGCACUCCACUGAAGGAUCUCUUCGGGCUUUGGGGACGUUUCCCUAGUCACACAAGAGAGGAGAGAUGCGGCUCGGCGGGGCCAAAAGAUGGCGUUGCCACACGAGACUUUGCUCUCGACUAUCAAGACGAAAAUAAGCCUUCAUCUCUAACUCCCCGGACGCCCUGGGCCAAACCCACGACGACACGAGGUGUACACACCCCUGGAUCUUGGAAGAUGCUACAGUUUGUCAAGAAAGAUGGCGUUGACAAAGCCCUCAACAACGGGGUGCGAGGGACGCAAUCUCUGGGCGUGCGGCACAAAAGGAGCCGGAAAGGAUUUGUUGGGCGAUGGAAAAGAUUGUACCGCAGCAGCAGCACUGAAUUCAGAGCAUACGCGCGCACUCAUGGACAUCGAAGUAGCAUAAGCGUGGGCGCCAGUGUCGAAUAUCCGGAGCUCGAGGUGAUAGCCGGGGAUGAACGCCGCAUUGCUGGGUUUCAGGCGUUUGACUGGCGACCGAAUAUGGAUGGACCUGCGGCGACCGAAGCGGUGAAUCGAGUGCAAGCUCGCUCUCCAGAACCAUUGGAUACCCAACCUUGGACUCAUACAUAUCAGGACUGUGUUGGGAGCCUCUCGGCCUUGAAAAGCGAUACCGACUUAAAGUUGGGCAGUCUCGGCGAAGGGCUCGAUCAACUGUGCGACCGACAUUUCGCGAGUGACAGUCUGCAGAGCGACGAGUUGAGGGACAGCACUGUCGAUUUCGAACAUCAACUUGGGAAGGAACACGAGGCAGUCAAGGAGGGGCUUAUUCGCAAGAUCGAGUGUAUGGACCAAAGUGAGGAGCGAUUGGAUGUUCACGCAAGAGCCUCAGCCGAAGGCUGA